AUGGAUAUAAGCCAACAAGUGAGGUAUCGUCCUCUUAACUCGGAGUGCCUCGACGUGUUUUGUCGCUCAAAGGCUACUGCAGCAUCACAUCUCGUCGUGACGAUGCUUCGUCGUGAGGGUGUGUGCAUUCCGGAACCCUUGUCCAUCGCUCCCGCGGAACAAAAUGGGCCCGGAUACGAUUACGAAUACUGGUCGCAGUCUGUCUUCCAUGCUCUAGAUGACUAUGAUCGUUUCGAGGACGAAGACUACGCUUUUGCUUUUUCUAUCGGCUUCCGCGACUUAGACGAGCCUGAUAUCGAGGGCCGCACACCUUUGUACGGUUUGUCUAUCUAUGGCAGGGUACUGAUGUCUUGCUAUUUCUCGUAUGAUAGGAUGUUAAAUAUAUUCCGAAAGUACCUAUGGCUGAUGGAACAUGGUGCUGAUCCAUGGACCCGAUUGCCAUUGACAGACGCGACGGUUGCCCAUUAUAUAUACAUGUCACUGGUGCCAGAGGUGUGGGGUAUGUCCAAGGAUGUUGGAGGUUCAAUCAAGGACUUGCUUGGCCAUAUUGAAAUCUUUUUUGACAAGUUCAGCACACUCUUCUACGACACUACCCGGCAUCUAGCUCUCUCCAACCCGCGUGAUCAUUAUCGCUGCAGAUGCUCGCCUGGGGGAUGCCCACCUAUCAUUUGGUUGCUGCGGGGGUUCUCGCACAUGCUCACGAAAUGGUGCGCGUACCAAACCAGAGUUCCCGAAUCACUCGCCGAAACCAUCGACUUGAUCCUCGCCAAGGGCAAUCCCUUUUGGACUGGGGACCAACUCAAGUCUGCAGUUCGAUAUUGGACUUUUGAAGCAUUGGAGCUAAGACAUACUUGCAAUCACGGCGGAGAAGGGGAAUAUUUUCAAGGGAUGGAUGAAGAGGAGAUCGAUGAGAUACUGGAGGAGGAUGUUUUCGUGCUGAGUAUCCUCGAGGAAUUGAUGGAAGAGUUCGAAACAAGGCUCAACCUUGGGCAAGAAUCAGAGAUCGUUCGCCGCAACGUAUCCUUCUGGAACGAGAUAUGGCUGCCACGAGUGAGAGAAGUGCGUGACUCACUUAGCAGUCAUCGGAUGAGAGACAAUCAAAAGCGGCAAUGCGAGGAGAUUGGUGUGGUGUAG